UCUUACACCUAGGUCAGUCGUAGAACUAUGAGGCAUGUAGACCAUAACAUACAGGCUGUGACUGGUAGGAGGCAUGUAGACAAUAACAUACAGGCUGUGACUGGUAUGAGGCAUGUAGACAAUAACAUACAGGCUGUGACUGGUAGGAGGCAUGUGGACAAUAACAUAUAGGCUAUGACUGGUAGGAGGCAUGUAGACAAUAACAUACAGGCUGUGACUGGUAGGAGGCAUGUGGACAAUAACAUACAGGCUAUGACUGGUAGGAGACAUUUAGACAAUAACAUACAGGCUGUGACUGGUAGGAGGCAUGUGGACAAUAACAUACAGGCUGUGACUGGUAGGAGGCAUGUGGACAAUAACAUACAGGCUGUGACUGGUAGGAGGCAUUUAGACAAUAACAUACAGGCUGUGACUGGUAGGAGGCAUGUGGAAUAUAACAUACAGGCUGUGACUGGUAGGAGGCAUUUAGACAAUAACAUACAGGCUGUGACUGGUAAGAGGCAUGUAGACAAUAACAUACAGGCUAUGACUGGUAGGAGGCAUGUACACAAUAACAUACAGGCUGUGACUGGUAGGAGGCGUGUGGACAAUAACAUACAGGCUGUGACUGGUAGGAGGCAUGUAGACAAUAACAUACAGGCUGUGACUGGUAGGAGGUGUAAGGACAGAAACAUACAGGCUAUGACUGGUAGGAGGAAUGUAGACAAUAACAUACAGGCUUUGACUAGUAGGAGGCAUUUAGACAAUAACAUACAGGCUAUGACUGGUAGGAGGCAUGUAGACAAUAACAUACAGGCUAUGACUGGUAAGAGGCAUGUAGACAAUAACAUACAGGCUGUGACUGGUAUGAGGCAUGUAGACAAUAACAUACAGGCUGUGACUGGUAGGAGGCAUGUGGACAAUAACAUAUAGGCUAUGACUGGUAGGAGGCAUGUAGACAAUAACAUACAGGCUGUGACUGGUAGGAGGCAUGUGGACAAUAACAUACAGGCUAUGACUGGUAGGAGACAUUUAGACAAUAACAUACAGGCUGUGACUGGUAGGAGGCAUGUGGACAAUAACAUACAGGCUGUGACUGGUAGGAGGCAUGUGGACAAUAACAUACAGGCUGUGACUGGUAGGAGGCAUUUAGACAAUAACAUACAGGCUGUGACUGGUAGGAGGCAUGUGGAAUAUAACAUACAGGCUGUGACUGGUAGGAGGCAUUUAGACAAUAACAUACAGGCUGUGACUGGUAAGAGGCAUGUAGACAAUAACAUACAGGCUAUGACUGGUAGGAGGCAUGUACACAAUAACAUACAGGCUGUGACUGGUAGGAGGCGUGUGGACAAUAACAUACAGGCUGUGACUGGUAGGAGGCAUGUAGACAAUAACAUACAGGCUGUGACUGGUAGGAGGCAUUUAGACAAUAACAUACAGGCUAUGACUGGUAGGAGGCAUGUAGACAAUAACAUACAGGCUAUGACUGGUAAGAGGCAUGUAGACAAUAACAUACAGGCUGUGACUGGUAGGAGGCAUGUAGACAAUAACAUACAGGCUGUGACUGGUAGGAAGCAUGUAGACAAUAACAUACAGGCUGUGACUGGUAGGAGGCAUGUGGACAAUAACAUACAGGCUUUGACUAGUAGGAGGCAUUUAGACAAUAACAUACAGGCUAUGACUGGUAGGAGGCAUUUAGACAAUAACAUACAGGCUGUGACUGGUAGGAGGCAUGUAGACAAUAACAUACAGGCUAUGACUGGUAGGAGGCAUGUAGACAAUAACAUACAGGCUGUGACUGGUAGGAGGCAUGUGGACAAUAACAUACAGGCUGUGACUGGUAGGAGGCAUUUAGACAAUAACAUACAGGCUGUGACUGGUAGGAGGCAUGUAGACAAUAACAUACAGGCUAUGACUGGUAGGAGGCAUGUAGACAAUAACAUACAGGCUGUGACUGGUAGGAGGCAUGUGGACAAUAACAUAUAGGCUAUGACUGGUAGGAGGCAUUUAGACAAUAACAUACAGGCUGUGACUGGUAGGAGGCAUGUGGAAUAUAACAUACAGGCUGUGACUGGUAGGAGGCAUUUAGACAAUAACAUACAGGCUGUGACUGGUAGGAGGCAUGUACACAAUAACAUACAGGCUAUGACUGGUAGGAGGCAUGUACACAAUAACAUACAGGCUGUGACUGGUAGGAGGCAUGUAGACAAUAACAUACUGGCUGUGACUGGUAGGAGGUGUGUGGACAAUAACAUAUAGGCUGUGACUGGUAGGAGGCAUGUGGACAAUAACAUACAGGCUAUGACUAGUAGGAGGCAUAUAGAUAAUAACAUACAGGCUGUGACUGGUAGGAGGCAUGUGGACAAUAACAUACAGGCUAUGACUGGUAGGAGGCAUGUGGACAAUAACAUACAGGCUAUGACUGGUAGGAGGCAUGUAGACAAUAACAUACAGGCUAUGACUGGUAGGAGGCAUGUAGACAAUAACAUACAGGCUAUGACUGGUAGGAGGAAUGUAGACAAUAACAUACAGGCUAUGACUAGUAGGAGGCAUGUAGACAAUAACAUACAGGCUAAGACUGGUAGGAGGCAUGUGGACAAUAACAUACAGGCUAAGACUGGUAGGAGGCAUGUAGACAAUAACAUACAGGCUGUGACUGGUAGGAGGCAUGUAGACAAUAACAUACAGGCUGUGACUGGUAAGAGGCAUGUAGACAAUAACAUAAAGGCUGUGACUGGUAAGAGGCAUUUAGACAAUAACAUACAGGCUAUGACUAGUAGGAGGCAUGUGGACAAUAACAUACAGGCUGUGACUGGUAGGAGGCAUAUGGACAAUAACAUACAGGCUGUGACUGGUAGGAGGCAUUUAGACAAUAACAUACAGGCUAUUAAUGGUAGAAGGUGUGUGGACAAUAACAUACAGGCUAUGACUGGUAGGAGGAAUGAAGACAAUAAAAUACAGGCUAUGACUAGUGAGUGAGUGAGUGAGUGAGUGAGGUUUUACGCCGCUUUUAGCAAUAUUCCAGCAAUAUCACGGCGGGGCUAUGACUAGUAGGAGGCAUGUAGACAGUAACAUACAGGCUAUGACUGGUAGGAGGCAUGUAGACAAUAACAUACAGGCUGUGACUGGUAGGAGGUGUGUGGACAAUAACAUACAGGCUGUGACUGGUAGGAGGCAUGUGGAAAUAACAUACAGGCUGUGACUGGUAGGAGGCAUGUGGACAAUAACAUACAGGCUGUGACUGGUAGGAGGCAUGUAGACAAUAACAUACAGGCUGUGACUGGUAGGAGGCAUGUAGACAAUAACAUACAGGCUGUGACUGGUAGGAGGCAUGUGGACAAUAACAUUCAGGCUAUGACUGGUAGGAGGCAUGUAAACAAUAACAUACAGGCUGUGACUGGUAGGAGGCAUGUAGACAAUAACAUAUAGGCUAUGACUGGUAUGAGGCAUGUAGACCAUAAGAUACAGGCUAUGACUGGUAGGAGGCAUUUAGACAAUAACAUACUGGCUAUGGCUGGUAGAACGGAGAUGAUGAAAUUGUCAUUUUGAGCUUUGAUGAAAACUGAAUAAAGGUUGUAUAUAAAUCACCAACAUCAGAAUUCGUGGAUUGUUAUGAUCCCAUUAUAGCUAUUAAAAGCAUCUUUGGGGCUUCUGCGAUCAGAAGCCACCAUGAGGACAGCAUAAUAUCCAACACAAGCAUCAGCAGUACCCACUGAGGAUGUACCAAGCAAUUACAGUCAGUCUUUCUCAUUCCCACUUGCUUGAUGCUGGUCAGUGCUUCAGCAUCAGAUCUGAAAUCAUUAUGUAUUGUG